AAGGAGUUCGGACCCUCAACAAAAUAAAGUAGCAAAGCCUCCGUGCAUCCUCAAUGAGAGAGCGAACCCAAGACAGCGCCGUGCUUGGGAUGGUGGGGUUCGCCUUUUUUCCAUUUAUCAAAGGGAAACCGGAACGACCUCUAGGUUUGACAUUCUCGGAGACAGAGCAUCCGCGUUAAGUAUGCAUUUUGCUCCAAAAAGUGCUUUUAUUGGUCAAGUGGGCGAGAAUGAGUGAGACAAAGGGCUCUACCCAUCGACAGUUAUUGUGGGGCACCGCGUAGCUGUCGAGUGUUGGGAAGAAACGCUGCGCUCUGGACAUUAUUGUUCCCAUUUCCAGCAAGCAAUAUGGUGCGCUAUUUUAUCUUUUUCCCUACCGUAUGGACAUCCAGAGAACUGCCGGAGAGUUGCAGGUGACAAAUGAAUAUUUUUUAUUACAUAUAUAAGUGGCGCGCGCCUGUCUCGCGCAGGUGGAUCUACACGAAGAGGUGACCUGCAACGCGGAAAGAAAACGCUUAAAACUGGGCAUUUGAUACAUUUGUACUCGGUUACUCUUGUGUGUGUGUUUUAAUGCUAUCAUUUGUAAAUAGACACGCGUGGGAUACAACGACUCUUUUGAGGGUCUAACGCGUGCAUUUCCCCCCCUGGACUACAGUUAAUGAAUUUACUCAUCACUUUCACUCGAAAGCCCGUUUUGGUGUGGACAGUCAUCAUCGGAUCGAUUCUCGUCCAGUGAAAGAAUGCCCGAAGACUCCGCGGCCAAAGCCCUCUACAUGGGCAUGGAGGUGGUGAUCGCCAUGUCUUCUGUCAUAGGAAACGUGAUGGUGGUUUGGGCGGUCAAAAUAAACAAAUCUCUGAGAGACACGACGUUUUGUUUCAUUGUUUCUCUGGCACUCGCCGACAUCGCGGUUGGAGCGCUUGUUAUACCCUUGGCGAUAACGAUAAGUAUCGGACUUCAGACUCACUUCUACAGUUGCUUGCUGGUGGCUUGCACUGUGCUGGUUUUGACUCAAAGUUCUAUCCUUGCUUUGCUCGCAAUUGCCAUGGACCGAUACCUAAGAGUCAAGAUCCCAACCAGUUACAAGCGUGUGGUCACUCCAAAGCGAGCCGGAAUAGCAGUUUUUGUUUGCUGGACGGUGGCCUUCAUAGUCGGCUUGACUCCCAUGCUGGGCUGGAACAAUUUAAGCAACCUGCAACAUGAAAACGGCUCGCUCGGCCCUGACCUCAUCAUCACCUGCCAAUUCGAGAACGUCAUCAGCAUGGAGUACAUGGUCUACUUCAACUUCUUCGGUUGGGUGCUGCCCCCUCUGCUAUUCAUGCUGAUCAUUUACUCAGAAAUCUUCUACAUGAUCCACAAGCAUCUGAAUAAGAAGGUGACCAGCCACGCCGAACCGAACAAGUAUUACGACAAAGAACUGAAGCUGGCGAAGUCUCUGGCUUUAGUGCUUUUUCUGUUCGCGGCUAGCUGGCUUCCUCUCCACAUCAUGAAUUGCAUCACACUCUUCUGUCCAAAGUGUGAGAAGCCCAUGUUCCUCAUUUACAUUGCCAUUCUACUCACGCACGGUAACUCCGCUGUCAACCCUAUCGUUUACGCUUUCCGCAUCAAGAAGUUUCGCACGGCGUUCCAGAGAAUCUGGAAGCAGUACUUCUGCUGCAAGGAUGCUCCGCCUCCUGAGUGCUAUCCGAGCGAGAGACUGGAUAACAACCACUACAUCGCCGCCAUUCCUGCUGAACUUCAUUCGGAACACAACGUCUGACCGACGUUCCAGCAUUCUCAAGGAGGCCAUAUGGGUUCGGGCGGCUGUCCAGUGCUGUCAAGACCUGAUUUGUUAGUUUUAAUUGUGAUUUGGCAACAGACAGUGUGGUUGAGAUUUGUCCCUGUAUUGGAAAUAGGGGACAGCAUUGAUUUAAGACUACAAAGGUCCAGAGAAGUGAGUUUAGAUCACUUAGAAAAGAAUGUUCAAGAAGGGAACCUACAGGAAAUCUAGCUUUAUGAAAGCAGCCUUGGAAAAAUACUUUUUUAAGUCUUGCACAAAUGUGUUGUGAUGUUAUCUCUAUUAUAAAACAUCACAAAUAACAUGGUUGAUACAGAAAGAUCACCAGAAAUCACUUGUUUUCUUUGAAUAUAUAAAUAUAUAUUCUUUGAGUAUGCGGAACAGUACAGAAAUGACAGCACACUCUCAGGUUCUUGGACAUCCUGCUUGUAUUUUGAACCUAUGUGCGCAAUUCCAGAAAGAGGAUGUCCUAAACAGUGACAAGAGUGACAUGGUACAAAAGUUUUACAUGUAUUUCAUUCUCUUCUUGGUUUAUCGACUGUCUCAGCACAAGUUCUUGUGGUGAAAAAAAAACAUAUACUCCAGGCAGCUGAAACUGUAUUUUACUCACAGUCGCAGUGAGGUUAUUUUGCCAUUUAGCAAAACUGUGUGCGUACAGUGUGUGAGCGAUUGAAUGCAUGUUGCAGAAUGACUGGACCUGUCCUAUUUAUCCUUUUAUACUGUAUGUGGUGACAAGAAACCAAGAGGAACUUUCAGUUCCUAGUGUAGGAUUUAAUAGUAUUGGAUUACUGUAUUAAAUCUUAUACUAUUUGAAAGUUUUCAGGGUUAAAAAAUGAUCAAUGAUCAGUGUUAAACCAUACAGUAUUAUAGUCAUUUUGGGAAUUUACGGAUACACGCAAAAGACUGGCAUGAGUAUGUACACUACUGCUAAAUACUGAAUGCUUUUUUGUGUACUAGUUCACACAAAAAAUGAAAAAUGUGUAAUUAUCGACUAAACCUCACUUAUUUUCAAACCCAUGUAAAUUUAUUGUAAGAAAAACAAGGAUAUUUUAUGCAGAAUGUACGUUAUGCUCUUUUUAUUUUAUUUUAUUUUGUGAAAGUGAACAGGGACCAGCACAUGUCCACCUCUUUAAAGGCCCAAUGUGUAAUGUUUUGGAGCAUCUAUUGACAAAAAUGCAAUAUAACAUAAACAACGAUGUUUGUCAUUUCGUAAAUAUGUUAUCUCAUUCGGGAAAUAAGCAAAAACAUGAUGACAUCUAAGUGCUGUGUCAGCCUCCACAGUGCUUCAAAAGGGAGGGGUGGAGUGAGCCGUUGGUUGCAAUUCGCAACCUCGCCACUGGAUGCUACUAAGUUUUAUACACCGGACCUUUAUUGGACCUACAUUGGACAUAUUUUGGGGGGUAUGAUAAUCGUUAAAAAUGAAGUGUAAUAAGCUCUUAGAAAUUUUCCCUGAAAGGUAUAAACACAGUGGAUUUGUGGCACUAUCAAAGCAUUCAGUUUGUCUGAGCGACGGCAGAUGUUCGGGAUGUUUUAAUAUAGGUAAAAGUAUUUUUUUGCAAUUAUGUUUGAUGGCUCAAGUGACGAAGAAAUCAUUACACACUUCAUCUUUACCAUCUGAUACAAAUGAUCUCACAUGUGGAUGUAGUACCUGUUCUCUACCUAAUGGCAUCCAAACCGAACAUGUAUUUAAUCUGUACAUAACAAUGUAAUGCACUAUAUGAAUACAGUAUAUUCAUAAUUGUUAAACAAACAGUUGUGGAAUUACAAUAAUUUGUACAUGAAGGA